UUGUUUUGUUUAUAAAAGUUCGGGUCGCAUUUCUUUGCGGCCGGCAAAUUGAACAGUUUGUUGGAUCCAUAUUUAAGCGAGAUAAUCGCUCAAGAAAAAUCAAACAGUCAACAAGAUGUCUCGUUUCGGACCGAAACAUCGUAAAAUUCCUGUCCCGAAGCGGCACGGAGUUCGUGAUCCGCUUAAACGUUUAGCCGAACGGGAGGCCGCUAUAAAGGACCAUAUAAACAACCCUCCAAAGGAGCGCGAUGUGCAGGAAGUAUCGCAACAGUUCAAAAGAUUCAUGCAGAUGAAGGAACAGGCGACUCGCCGCAACUCACGAAAAGAGCCUCGUGGUAAAACGCAGCCAACAAUCCAUAUCGGAAAAACCGCGGUCAAGAAGCAACCGAAGGAAUCGGAGGAAUCCUUUUUGAAUCGAGCAACCAGAAUGCAGGAGGACCGUACUGUAGAAAAUGAUUUCGGUGUAAAGUAUGGCGUGGAAGUUGAGCGCAACGAAGAAACGGGUGCGAUUCGGAUUCGCAAACGUAAGGGAAACGAGGUAGAUGAAAUGUUAAACAAACGUAUGAAACAAAAUGAAAGGAAAGGCGGCAAACCCGACAAGCGGGUGGCAAAGGCUAAAAAACCGACGAUGACCGAAAAAAAGGCUCUCAAGUUGCAGAAACAAGAGGAGCAAAAACGGCAAGAAGAAGACUUACUUUUGAAGGAGUAUCAGUAUGAUUAUGUUCCGUUCGGGGACGUCGUAAAGGAACCACCGUCCCUGCAUACACUGCCACGUCGAGCCAACAAACCGGAAAGUGUAGCGCGGCCGGCCAGCAAACGUCUAUUAUUGCACUCGUUGAUAGAGCCAAAAAAGCCAGAAGAAGAUGAGCAAACGCCAACGAAAAAACGUGCAUCGAAGAAGGUACCGCCUACUAAAGUAGACUUGAAAGGAAAGCGUAAAAAAUUACCAAUGGCUACGCGUCUGAAUAUAGAACGCGAACAGCAGAGUGUCAUCGAAAUGUAUCGAAAGUUAAAGAAAAAAGCUAGCGAAUAAAAGCCUCGCAUUAAAUUCUGUAUGUAAAGCCCGAGUUUGA